UGUCUCUGAUGGAGGACAGUACAGGUGUAGAGCUGGGAGAGGAGACCCUGUCUACUACACCCAGUACAGUGAACCAGUCCACAUACAGGUUACUGAUCAAUCCAAGGCUGUCCUGAGUAUCUCUCCUCAGUGGAUGAACCCUGGAGACUCAGUGACUCUGAACUGUGAAGUUAAAGAGUCAUCUACAGGCUGGAGGUUCUCCUGGUACAAGACUGUUCCCUACAGAGCUGGGUUACCCUCUCUAUUGGACAAGUCCUACUCUGUAGAGGCCCUAUCUGGAUAUGGGACUACUGAAGAGUCUUACACUCUGAGUCCUGCUGGUCCUACUGACACAGGAGGAUAUGUGUGUAGAGCUGGGAGAGGAGACCCAGUCUAUUACACAGACUACAGUGAACCUCAGUUUCUCUGGUCAGGAGAUCUGCCCAGGGCCUCAGUGAAGAUAGUCUCUCCCCAGGAGCCACUGUACACAGGAGACAGAGUCACUCUACAGUGUUACAUACCAGAAUACACAGACUGGACUUAUGUCUGGUACAAAGAUAAAGAACUCCUUCCCAUUGAGACCAGUAAAACCACCACCAUCAAUCUCCCUAACAAUGCUGGUCAGUACCAGUGUCAGGGGAAGAGGACAGGUCGACCCCAGUCAUCAUGUAUUAGUCCUAAUCAUCCCAUCAGUGUUACUGCUCUACCAACAGCCUCAGUGAGUGUCUCUCCUCAAGGUCUCCUUUACUCUGGAGAGACUGUUACUCUGCAGUGUGACAUAUCAGACUACACAGACUGGACAUACUGGUGGUACAGAAAUGAACUACAGAGUCCUUGUUCAGCUUCUAAAACCAUCACCAGUCUGUCUGACCAGGUCAGUCAGUACCAGUGUCAAGGGAGAAGAACAGAUCGUCCCAAGUCGUCACAACGCAGUGAUUACCUCAACAUCAGUGUCACUGUUCCUGGUUCCUCUACAUCAGUUCUAGUAGGAGUGGUUGUGGGUCCGGUUGUUGCUGUUGUUCUACUGACCAUCUUCUUGGUCCUGUUGUGUCGAGAAAAGCUAACUGAUCCAAAUGAAGAUAGCGACUACUGUGAGAUGAAGACAGUGAAAAUUACUGCAUCUUCUGGGCCAGUUGAUGUAACCUAUGCGGAGACUGACCUAAAAACGAUGGUCAUUGCCCAGAAGAUGAAAGAAUCAACAUCCCUGCUAGAGUCAGAAUCAGUAUAUUCUCCAAUAAAGACACAGUCCUUGAGGGAGAUGAACACAAUCAGUUGAGGAACAGGAACAACCAGGGAACAUGGAUGUGGGUUUUGUACCCACACUUUCCCUGUAACCAUAGAAAUGUGACACAGACAUCAAACACCCAGUCACAUAUGCACCACACACACAAUAAUGCCUUAUACAUGAAGGAUUUCUAUCAUACAAUGCAUGUUUUUCAUCUGUUUCUUUAAUAACCCUUUGAUGCACA